AUGUUGCUAAACAAUGUAAGCCACACAAAGUUUCGGUAUUGCGCAGUAUUCGCACCUCAACAGGUGUUCGAGCACGAGUCAGCCAUACUUGCCCUACGCCCCUGUGAGCCCUUUCGUGAGCGCGUCAAUUGGGAGGAAUGGGGGCUGUACGACUAUCUGCAGGUGGUCAAGGAGCCGAUGGAUCUGGGUACUAUCCGCAGCAAACUUGCGAAGAAUGAGUACAAGAAGCCAGCCGAGUUUGCUCGCGAUAUGCGACUGGUUUGGAGUAACUGCAAGCUUUACAACCAGGAUGGUUCAGACCUGUAUCUGCUGGCUGAUGAGCUUGCUAAGAAAUUUGAGGACCGAGUCAAAGCCAUGAAGCUGGAUGUAGGUCCGGUACCUAAGGCUGACAAGAGCAUCCCAGCGCCAAGCCUCGAGGAUAAGAUUUGUUUUAGUCAAAACAUCUACAAGAUUAAUCCUAAGGACCUUGGCGUUAUCGUGAAACUACUGGAGGAGCAGUGUCCUAAGGCCUUAGACAAGAGUUCGCCAGACGAGCUGGAUAUUGUUAUUGAUAACAUCGACAACAAAACUUUUCGCGAUUUGGAGAAGAUCGUUCUGGAGAAAGUGCCGGAAGGAAGUCGGGAACCAAUAGCGACUCCCAAAUCUUCUAAAAAAUCUCGACGACCGCCUAGUAAGAAGACUAAAACCGAUGUAUGA